CGUUAAUAGUGGUUUGUCACAUGAGAGAGUGUUUGUACUGUAGCAACGUUAAUGUAGCGAAGGUGCAUUUACUUUAGAACCUUGCAGCGGAAAUGUCGCAGGAAUCAACCCUAAAGCUCGUGGUCAGCUUCUUAAUAUUCCUGACAAUACGUUGCCGUGUAGGCACAGGACGCAGCAUCGGCAUUUUCCGUCGGACGACGCUGUCUGAACAGAACCUAAACCCCGGCGAGGGCGCAUUUGUAACAUCGUACCAAGCAGGCAGCGUAGCUGCCAUCCAGGGUAAAUACGACCAUGACAUCCUGCACGCGCAAUCUUCUAAUAAAGGCGGCCGGGGGUUCCGGGGGCGCAGUGAGGGGCACUCCCCAUGUCUUCUAACUCGGGGGAGCUGGUGCAAGGACUACUUCAGGCAGGAGCGAGUCCCAUGGAAGCCAGGGCCGCGGGGCAGCAAAGACUGUCCCAAGACGAAGUGGGGGCCCUGCAACGGGGUCGGGAACUGUCACUACGACAUUGGAGUCUGCCAGUGCCCGGCAGGAUGGAAGGGUGCUGCUUGUGACGAACCUGAGAAGCGACCCUGCACCAACGGCCACAAGGCCGCGGACGGACCUAUAGAUGUCAUCUUGUCAUCCAUUGGCCCCGACGGCAUGGAUUUGGAUUUAAUGGCGGAUGGCUGGAGCGCCUCCAGAUGCGGAGGCUUUUGCGACGAUGACCGAGCUUCUUGUUGGUGUCCUGCCAACACCACCUUUGGCCGCAAACCUCCGCCACCGGAUUCGCCACCUUGGGUCCGAUAUUCGCAACUCGGACGGGUCAUUAUGGAGGCCUGCAAGCCUGGCCUGGUUCGAGGCAAGGACGGGGUCUUACAGAAGAACAAUUGGGGUAAUGCGGGUAUUUCCAUCGAUGACUUGUUGGGUGAAAAGAGCUGGUGCAACGCGGAAACCAUUGACGCCGUGCCGAAACACAUACUAGGUGCUUGCGCCGGUGGCUUUCGGGGCUGCCAGUCUGACAGCCUACACGGAGUGUUCUGCGACAUUGUCAGCGAGGAUGUCUGUCUGAACCAGUGUACCGGACAUGGCGAAUGCGACGGGGGUUACUGCCGGUGCCAUCCUGGCUGGUACGGCCACGAGUGUGCCAGGAAAAAGGCGGGUGAAGAGCUCGAGCCAGGCCUGGAGGAUGCAAAACCAUGGCUGAAGCCAGUGGUGAUGCCCGUGGUCGCGGCGGCGCUUCAGCCACCGAACAGCGAGGGCGCCGCCGGGACGGGCAGUGCUGUAGGGGAGCAGCAUACUCCCGGGCGCAUGCGGCCGCUUAUCUAUAUCUACGACAUGCCACCAGAGUUUACCAGCCGCAUGCACCAGUACAAGAACGUCCAUGAGCAUUGCAGCUAUCGGCGCUUUAUUCCCAGUAACCGGACGGAGCUGUACGCGGACACCUAUUCAGUGGAGGCGUAUUUCCAUGAGGUCCUCUCUAUCAGCCCGCACAGGACGUUCGACCCGGAGGAGGCCGACUUUUUCUACGUGCCCGUCUACUACACCUGCUGGAUGUGGCCAAUUAAUGGCUGGGCUGACAUGCCAUUUUACGGAGCCCCAACCUCCUGGCACCGCUACUCAAACGCUGCAAACUUGUGGCUCAAGGCCAAGACGUGGAUCCAGUCUAACUUCCCAUUCUGGGACCGUCGAGGCGGCCGGGACCACAUCUGGAUGACCAACCAUGACGAGGGGGCGUGUUACAUGCCCACAGAAAUCUACCAAACCUCCAUCAUGCUCACCCACUGGGGCCGUAUGGACCUGAAUCACACGUCCAACACCGCCUACAGACCUGACAACUACUCUGACGGGAUCACGUGGAAGGGUGUCCUGGAUGGCAAGGACGUCAAGACACUUUACCAGGGACAUCCCUGCUAUGACCCGCGCAAGGACCUGGUCAUCCCCGCCUUCAAGACGCCCGAUCAUUUCAGCCAGUCGCCGCUGCUGGGCAGCUGGCCCCGGCAGCGGGACAUCCUGCUGUACCUGCGGGGCGAUGUGGGUAAGCACCGAGAGCCCAACUACAGCCGAGGAAUCCGCCAGAAGCUGUACAAGCUCGCGGUCGACAACGAAUGGGCGAAGAAGCACCGUAUCUUUAUUGGGGAGCAGUUCGAGAUCCAAGGGAGCUAUGGGGAGCACCUCUCGCGAUCGCUCUUCUGCGCUGUCGUCCCUGGCGAUGGCUACUCGCCGCGUUUCGAGGACGCCGUGCUUCAUGGCUGUCUGCCGCUCAUCAUCGUGGACAACACGCACGUCCUAUUUGAAAGCAUUAUAGAUGUGGAUUCCUUCUCCCUGCGCAUCUCGGAGGCGGCUCUCAACGAGUACCUGCCGCACCUCCUGACGGCCAUCUCGCCCGACCAGAUCGCACGAAUGCAGCGGCGACUGUCUCUGGUUUGGCACAGAUUCGCGUACGGUCACGGGCCUCUAGUUCAUGCAGCGAUGCGGGGAAUCGCGCAGCGUAACCUGCGGGUCCAGGACGACAUUAAGCUGCAAAUGCCGGAGGGCCACAAGGAGGUUCCGCCCGAGCACCCCUACCAGCCCGUGCACAACUUCCCAGUCUACAACGACGCAUUCGCUACCGUCCUGCAGUGGCUUCAUAGCCGCAUACCAGAUACUCGCGGGCCUGAGGCUAGCCCGGGUUCAGCCUAG